ACACGUUGCAGUGGGUCCCCCCCAGCGUUCACCGUGAAAGCUGAAGUCGGUGUGUUGCAAUUUGCAAACCGUCUUUCCCGAAAAUAUCGGGAAACGAAUCCCGUCGCCUUUCUGUAUAUCUUCCAUUCUUCCGUCUCCCUCAUAGAAUUGAUAGCACAGAAUACAGAAGUGGAGCAAACCCUAAAAUGGCGUCUUCCAAACGCGAAUUCCAGAGCACGGACGACGUGUCAGGUUCCAAAAAAGCCAAGCAGGACGCUCCCGGCGUCCAUGUCCAGCCAUCUCCCCCUCCCACCGGCCCUCUGCGACGGGUGGCCCUUAAUCCGGCCGACUGCGACGUAGAUUUUGAUAUUGGAUUAAACGGGCUGCAAGGCUCAGCACUUCAUGAAAAUGGGUUCGCUUACUGUUGGUCUGGUGCUCGAGCAAAUGUAGGAAUAACCGGAGGGAAGUAUUGCUUCGGAUGCAAAAUCAUUUCUGAUCAACGCGUAACCAUGGAAGACACCCCAUUAGACCAACAACAUGUGUGCCGAGUUGGUGUCUCAAGGGGAGAUAAUGCUGUUGGCAGCCUUGGUGAAAGCUUGCAUAGUUUUGGUUUUGGGGGAACUGGGAAGUUUUCUGCUGCAGGAAGGUUCUGUGACUAUGGUGAAAAUUUUGGGGUUGGUGACAGAAUAGUUUGCUGCCUUGACCUUGAAACUAAACCUGCAUCAAUUGGCUUUGCAAAGAAUGGGCAAUGGUUGGGAGUGGCAAGACAUUUUGAAGACCUGACCAGUCUUGAUGUUGUGGAUCAUCCAAUUCAGCAUCUAAAGUGGCAAUCAGCAUUUUUCCCUCAUGUUUUACUUAAAAAUGUUGUGGUUAAUUUACAGUUUAGCGUGGAUGAUGGAUUAGACGCUGUUGAAGGGUAUAAGCCAUGGGUUUCUGCUAUAGACGAUGGAAAAGCAUUGUUGGGCCCAACAUUCUCAGAUGUUAAUGAUUGUGAACUUAUAAUGAUGGUUGGUUUACCUGCCUCAGGCAAGAGUACUUGGGCAGAGAAAUGGAUGAACGGGCAUCCUGAGAAGCGAUAUAUCAUUCUUGGGACAAAUACAAUCCUCGAUCAAAUGAAGGUGCCUGGUCUUUUACGCAAGCAUAAUUAUGGUCAGCGAUUUGAAUGUCUAAUGGAUCGCGCUACUCAGAUAUUCAACACUCUUCUACCCAGGGCUUCAAAGCUGCCUCGUAAUUUUAUACUUGACCAAACCAAUGUGUAUAAGAGUGCUCGUAAGCGCAAACUUAAGCCAUUCUUGAACUAUAAAAAGAUUGCUGUUGUGAUUUUUCCAACACCACAUGAGCUCAAAUUUCGUGCUGAUAAACGAUUCAAAGAAAUGGGGAAGGAAGUUCCUGAUGAAGCAGUAAAUGAAAUGUUAGCAAACUUCUCUUUACCGAUGAGCAGAGACAUGCCACACACAGAUGAGCACUUUGAUCAGGUUCUUUUUCCAGAGCUGGGGAGAUCAGAGUCUCAGAGGUGUUUGGAUGAGAUGAAAGCAAGUGUAAGAUCAAAAACAGGAUCACCAUUGCCAUCUUCUUUUGCAAACUCUUCACAUGUCCAAUCAUAUAGUGGUCAACCAUUGCAAACUCUUGGCCUCCCACAAGGUAGUCCAGGUUUGGGAGUAGAAACAUACAAUUCCCAUUCUCUUCAGUUCUCAUCCACAUACAACAUGGCCUCCCAUUACCCAAACCCUUCUUAUUCUCAUCAUGGGAGGACAUAUCUUCCACCAGAACCAGCAAUGUACAUGAACCCUGCAGCUCAAUAUGGCCCUCCUCCUUAUGGGACUCCAGACUAUUCAAGACCAUUAUUAUCGUCAAGCAAUUUUCCGAGCAGUAUGCAGCAACCCAGAGGAGUAGGAUAUGGCUAUUAUGAUCCAUUGUCCCCUCCAAUGCAACCUAGAGGAAACAUUGAUUAUCCAUAUAUGCAACCUCCUGGGUGGAUACCACCGGAAAUUCGACCUCCUUUCAGGUACUACUGAUUUAAACUACCGCAAGGCCAGUUUAAGGAAGUGGGUUCAGGGGAGUCAAGCCAAUGCUACAUUAAGUAGAAGAACAAUAUAAGAGAUAAAAAAGGACAGAAGAAUAUCAAUAGAAGGCGGAGUAAAAGUUAUGUGUUCAGCUGUUUUCUAGUACGUUCUGUCUUCUUAUAUCCUACUCUUCUAAGAAUAUUUGACUUGCUUAAAAUGUAGGUGGAUGUGAAUAAGUACAUUUCAAUAUU